GUUUGAGUUGGAAUAUGCCAAGAGCUCCCGCUCUGCUUGCAAGCAGUGCAAAGAGAAGAUCGAAAAGGACACCUUAAGAAUCGGCCUGAAAGUGCUCAUAGAUGCUGCGCCGGAUGAUGCGGAAGCAAGGAAAAGAGCACAUAGCAUGGAAUCUGCCAAGUGGCAUCAUGAAGGCUGCUUUCCCAAGAUCAAAGGCAAAACUUGGUUCCGACAGCACCUACCUGAGGAGCCUGAUAGCAUCACGGGAUUUGAUGCGUUGAAAGAAGAUGACCAACAGAAGGUGAAGCUUUUGCUGCAAAGUUGCAGGGGUGAGGAGACUGAGACUGAGACGCCCAAGGGCAAUAAGCGCAAAGCUGAUCCCGAUCAAAAGUCGAGCAAGAAAUCAAAGUUCUUCGCCAGUCAGGAGGAUCAAGCAAGUGCCCUCAGUGCAGAGGAGCAAAAGUCCAUUGAGACACUGAAGGCGGAGCUCUGCAAGAAGAACGUGGCAGCUUUAGGCAAAACUUCCAGAUGCCCAAGAUGCACAGUGCAGGAGCAAUGCUGGCAAAGAAUGGCUUGCCCAAGUCAGGGAAAAAGGAGGAGCUCUUGGAUCGAGUGGCGGAAGCCAAAGCCUUAG